AUGGCGGCUCCCUGGUGGCGAGCCGCGGUGCUCGGCGGCCGGAGCUGGCGGGCCUUCAGCACUUCGGCUGCCCGCAGCCGCCGGACCGCCCCGCUGGGGCCGAUGCCCAACGAGGACAUCGAUGUGAGCAACCUGGAGCGGCUGGAGAAGUACCGGAGCUUCGAGCGCUACCGGCGCCGGGCGGAGCAGGAGGCGCGAGCCCCGCACUGGUGGCGGACCUACUGGGAGCAUUUCGGGGAGCAGUCAGAUCCCAGAGACAAGAUCGACAUCGGGCUGCCUCCACCCAAGAGCCGCCGGGCCCAACAGCUGCUGGAGCGGAAACAGGCCCUUCAGGAGCUGCGGACAAGUGAGGAGGCGGAGAGGGCCGCCCGGCUCCGCACGGCGCAGAUCCCCCUGGAGGCAGUGCAGGAUGAGUGGGAGAGGGCCUGCGGCCCCUACCACAAGCAGCGCCUGGCCGAGUAUUACGGCCUCUACCGCGACCUCUUCCACAGCGCCACCUUCGUGCCCCGGGUGCCCUUGCAUGUGGCCUACACUGUGGGUGAAGAGGACCUGAUGCCCGUGUACUAUGGCAACGAGGUCACGCCGACGGAGGCCUCCCAGGCCCCAGAAGUGACCUAUGAGGCAGCUGAGGGCUCGCUGUGGACACUGCUGCUCACUAACUUGGAUGGACACCUGCUGGAGCCCGAGGCGGAGUACGUGCACUGGCUGGUGACCAACAUCCCAGGUGACAAGGUGACUGAUGGGCAGGAGACAUGUCCCUACCUGCCCCCCUUCCCAGCUCGAGGCUCCGGCUUCCACCGCUAUGUCUUCCUGCUCUUUAAGCAGGACAAGCCCAUCGACUUCUCUGAGGAUGCCCGCCCGUCACCCUGCUACCAGCUCACCCAGCGGACCUUCCACACCUUCGAUUUCUACAAGAAACACCAAGACUCCAUGACGCCAGCCGGCCUGGCUUUCUUCCAGUGCUGCUGGGACGACUCGGUCACUCGAGUCUUCCACCAGCUUCUCAACAUGAGGGAGCCCGUGUUUGAAUUCGUGCGCCCGCCCCCUUACCACCCCAAGCAGAAGCGGUUCCCCCACCAGCAGCCCCUGCGCUACCUGGACCGGUACCGGGACAGUCAGGAGCCCACCUACGGCAUCUACUGAGGGCCCGAGGACGCAGCAACAAGAAAGACUCUGCAGGGGGCCAAGCCCUUGGGCUGAGCCUACCCCUCUGCUGCCCUCCCAGCAGGCCCAGGGGUGGGGUGGUGGGGGCAGAGGCUACAAUAAAGACCGUUUCCGCUGCA